AUGAACGCCCCGUCGGACCAGGACUGUUUCCGCAGGCCCGGCGUUGCAUUAGAAGCCGAGGGGAGACCCGAGCAGAGGCCCGGAGCUGGGGGACCCGCGGCCCCGCACAGGCGGCGCGGGGCGGGGGGAGGGGAGUCGUACAGAGUUGGGGAGGAACGUGCCCGAGCAGGCUUUCGGUCAGCGCUGCGGCUGAAGUCCGGGGAGGGGAAGUGGCUUGAUGACCAUGGGGACGCCCUGAGCUUCCGCAGAGGAAGGCAGCGGGGGAGCAAAGGCGGAAACAGCGGCUCGGCGUCGGCACUGAGAGCACUGGGGCCUGGAAACCGCUGCUGCGGGGACCUCGCGGGGCAUGUAGCUCAGCGCUCAGUUAGAGGUGCUCCAGUAUUACCCCAAGAACUACAGCCUGAAGAAGAGCUACAAUUGUGGAAUGAGAUAGAGGCUGCUUGUUCUUCUUUCCUGUCCACCAGUUCUCAGCCUCAGGCAUCCAAUGCAUUGGAGGAGCUUUGCUUCAGAAUUUUGGGGACUCUACCAAAGCCCCAGGAAACAGAUGAAAAAGUUAAUACCAAAAGGUUCUUAUUUCAUUAUUCGAAGACACGGAAGUUGGGCAAUUCAAAUGUUGUGUCGUCUGUCGUGCAUCCGUUGCUGCAGCUCGUUCCUCAACUGCAUGAGCGAAGAAUGAAGAGGUUCAAAGUGGACGAAGAAUUCCAAGGUCCUUUUGGAAGCCAUAGUCGAAGAUACUUUUUAUUCAGGCCACGCAACGGAAAAAGAUCAGAGGGUUACAUUUGAAAUGAAUACCAACUAUUUUCCACAGAAGCAAUGCCAUGGAAUACAAAAUAUACUGAUAUUUUGUGUGUGUGUUUUUCUCAAAAACAAUUCUUGCUAAGUUUAAUAUGUUUGAGAAUUCCUGUGUUGUAAAUAUUCUUAGUAAAAGUUGGUCAAGAUUAUAAAUGUUUAAUUUGUUGAAAAUUUAAAAAGCAUCUUAAAAUAUCUUUUCUUAGUGUUGUAGUGAUAACUAGUGUACAAUAAAGCUGUAAAUCAUGA